AAUUAUAAUCUUUUGGAAUAAGUUGCAAUGUUGAAUCAAUCGUACUUAUGUGACAUUGAUUCAACAUAAAGUUUAUUGUGUUCAUGCAGCUUCCUUAUUUAAAUCAAAUAAUCGUUUAGUUGUAUAGAAUGAAAUAUUUAGUUGCAGCAAUAAAUAAACAAGAUAUACGAUUGAAAUAGUUUAGUCAAAACAACUAAUAUUUAUUCUAUGCAACUAAUCGAUUAUUUGGAUUUGUUCGCGAUCAAACCAAAGUUAACAAUCUUGUAUAUUUUUAUUGCGUCCUCCUGUAGAUUUAAGUUUCAAAAUUCAAGCGGUUACUUUCAUUAUUUCUUGUGUGUACACUUGAUUAUUUCGACCAGCUUCGGUGCUAUUAUUAUUUGCUUGUGUAUACGGAGUCGAGUGUUCGGUCGCUCCGUUCUUUAUCACGCGCUAACAGCGGGGACAACUCGGCGGGAAGAUCGUGACAAAAUAUUGAUAUUCUUCUCCUAAGACGCUGGCCACGGUUAUCUUAGACCAGUCAGCCAAUUAGACGAUUUCCCGCGGAAAGAUCUUUCCCCCGAAUUGUUCCCGUCGAUCGGUCGCUCUGCCGAAGAUCUCGUCGCUAACUCAGACUCUCAGAGUGAUUCGACCGAGAACGAUCGCAUUUAAAAUCACGCCGCAACGAUCCGUGAGAUUGAAAAUCGACAGACUACUGACCGACGUUGGUCGGAACUUGUUUGUGAAGGCCAAAGACAGAUUUAUUAACGCAAGUGGUGGCAUGCAUAUUGAUCGAGAAUAAAAGAAGGUCCAUUCGAGUCUUCUACAGCAAGAUGUCUACUUAGUCUGAAAGUGUCAACGGUCCUAAGAUGCGAGAGUCCGCGAUUGAAAAUGAAGUACCAUAUUCUGAAAGUGAUAUUGCUAUUACGGGAAUAUCAGGUCGUUUACCCGAGUCAUCUACUAUCGAAGAGUUUAAGGAGAAUCUCAUGAAAGGAAUAGAUAUGGUCACCGAUGACGAGCGCCGUUGGCCAACGGGCCUUUACGGGCUACCAGCAAGAUUUGCCAAAAUAAAGGAUCUCAGCAGCUUUGAUGCCACUUUUUUGGGAGUUCAUCCUAAACAAGCAAAUGUUAUGGAUCCGCAGCUUCGUUUAAUGCUCGAAGCAACAUAUGAAUCUAUAAUUGAUGCUGGUAUCAAUCCUACAACCGUGAGAGGAUCGCGUACCGGUGUAUUUGUAGGAAUAUGUAACUCGGAAUCGGAAGAAUUUGGGAUGAGGGACCCAGAGGCCAUAAAUGGUUUGUAUAUUAUGAACAUUGCUUUAGCACUUCCCAGCAUACAUACAGUAUGUAGGGAAGUGCUAAAGCAAUGUUCGCGAAUAGAUUUUCGUACUCAUUUGUAAAGUACUACUCCUGCAAACAAAUAUAAAUUUUUUUAUUUAUUUUUAUCAAAUCAUGCCAUCUUCUCUCAUGCCAUAAGAUAUUUAUAAUAAAUAUACAAAUAUAAACAACAAUUAUUACACGUACACUCAAAUAAAAGUUAUGUUUCAUUGAAGAAAUUGUUUCUUUAACUAGACUUUUAUAGAUAGAAAAAUAAAAGUAAUUAUAAACUGAUCAUGAGAAAAUAUUUUGGCAUUAUAUUUCAUAAUAUACAAACCAUUUAUGGCCUCUGGGUCCCUCAUCCCAAAUUCUUCCGAUUCCGAGUUACAUAUUCCUACAAAUACACCGGUAAGCGAUCCUCUCACGGUUGUAGGAUUGAUACCAGCAUCAAUUAUAGAUUCAUAUGUUGCUUCGAGCAUUAAACGAAGCUGCGGAUCCAUAACAUUUGCUUGUUUAGGAUGAACUCCCAAAAAAGUGGCAUCAAAGGAGCUGAGAUCCUUUAUUUGAUUUUACUGGACCUAGUUACGCAGUGGAUACGGCUUGUUCAUCGUCCAUGUACGGAUUACAUCACGCUGUGAGCGCAAUACGCGCCGGCGAGUACGAUGCUGCUAUCGUCGCGGUGGGUCGAAACAUAGGAAAAAGCGGACUUUGCACUCGUCGGGACAAAAUACUACAACUAAAGCGAAAUGAUCAUGCAUUCAUGAUCAAAAAUGUGUAUCUUAACAAUUUAAAUAAAUUUUGUAUGCAAUAUUGCAAUAAACAAUAAUUUUUAACAAUUUUUUUAAA